GGAGGACGCUGACACUUAAAGGAGCGAGGAUGGGUUUUUUGGAGAUGCAACUUCGGCUUCUUCAUAACUCUAGCAAGAAACGGCUUGGUUGCAGACCAUCUGCAAAUGUAAACAAACUGGAGUGCAAACGAUGCCUUCUAUCUAAAAGCAGAGCACACAGAAGGCUAAGGGAUGUCCAGUCGAUCCCGGUCCUGGAGGGGGAAUUCCACUCCAGGUUUAACAGGACGGUGGCAGCUGAAAUCAGGAAGCAGGUUUCCCGGGAAUAUGGAGGGUCUCCGCAGCUGUCCAAGAAAAGGAAGGGCUCCCAGCAGUCUAUGCCCCUGACUGAGGUGGUGGAGCCGGUGGAUUUCGAGGAUUAUCUGAGCUCGCACCCCCCCGCGGUGGGACCCGGUCCCCUCCGAGAGCUCUUCGACUUCCCCCCGGAUGACCUGGAGGUGGCGCUGGUGCCCAGGGAGUGCAGGACACUGGAGCCAGGGCUGCCAGACGAGGAGGAUGCCUUGGACUCGCGAGUGAGGGAUGCACUGGGAGUCUACACAGAUGACUGGGUCAUUAUCCAGAGGAGGUACCAGCAUUUCAGCACGGUUCACAGCCCCAACACGUCCGAGAAGCAGCGGGAGAGACAGAGAGGCCUGUGCAAGCAGAUCUUUGAGCUGGAUGAGGCUGUGGAUGACCGAGUCAGCCAGGACGAUCAGGAGGACCUGAAGCGUCGCUCCGUGUCUCUCGACGAGACGCCCCGAGGGAGCUGGGCCUCCAGCAUCUUCGACCUGAAGAACUCCGCAGCGGACGGCCUCCUGCCCUGCCUGCUGAACCACACCGCCUCGGAGGAGAUUGACCGACGCAACAAGGAGCAGAGGAAGGAGAGCCGCCACUCGGAGCUGCUGACUCUCUUCCAAGCCCCCGACGAGGAUGAAACAGUGGAACGCUGCACCGUCCCAGAGGUUCCAAAAGAACACUUUGGACAGAGGAUUCUGGUCAAGUGUCUGUCUUUAAAAUUUGAAAUUGAGAUCGAGCCUAUCUUCGGCGUCCUGGCCCUGUACGACGUGAAGGAAAAGAAAAAGAUCUCAGAGAACUUCUACUUCGACCUGAACAGCGACCAGGUAAAGGGGCUGCUGCGACCCCACAACCCCUACACAGCCAUCUCCACCCUGGCCAGGUCGGCCAUCUUCUCCAUCACCUACCCUUCCUCGGAGAUCUUCCUCGUUAUCAAGCUGGAGAAAGUGUUGCAGCAAGGGGACAUUGGGGAGUGCUGUGAGCCCUACAUGGUGAUGAAGGAGUCGGACUCGGCCAAGCACAAGGAGAAGCUGGAGAAGCUGCGAGUCCAGGCUGAGCAGUACUGCUCUCGGCUGGGACGCUACCGCAUGCCCUUCGCCUGGACUGCCAUCCACCUGAUGAACAUCGUGAGCAGCGCAGGGAGCCUGGAGCGAGGGGACUCAGACUCGGAGAGCGAACGCAAGGGCACGUGGAACGAACGCAAGAAGAAAACGUUCGAGCGGAUGAGCAUGGGAGAGGAGAUGGGCAACUUCGCCAGCUUCAGACCCGCUACACUCACUGUGACCAACUUCUUCAAACAGGAGGGCGAUCGCCUCAGCGAUGACGAUCUGUACAAAUUCCUCGCGGACAUGAGGAGGCCGUCGUCGGUUCUGAGAAGAUUGCGACCGGUAACAGCUCAGCUGAAAAUCGACAUCUCCCCAGCGCCGGAGAGCCCCCAUUACUGCCUGUCUCCUGAGCUACUGCAUGUGAAGCCCUAUCCUGACCUUCGGGUGAGACCCACCAAAGAGGUGCUGGAGUUCCCAGCCCGGGAGGUCUACACCCCCUGCACCACAUACAGGAAUCUGCUGCUUGUCUAUCCUCAGAACCUGAACUUCAGCAGCAGACAGGGCUCUGUCCGGAACAUCUCUGUGAAGGUGCAGUUCAUGGCAGGGGAAGACCCAAGCCAGGCCAUGCCAGUUAUAUUUGGCAAGUCGAGCUGCGGGGAGUUUUACAGAGAGGCCUACACUCCAGUGGUAUACCAUAACAAGUCUCCGGAGUUUUAUGAGGAGAUGAAGAUGAAGAUCCCAGCUAACCUGACUGAUAACCACCACCUGCUGUUCACCUUCUACCACAUCAGCUGCCAGCAGAAGCAGAACACCCCUCUGGAGACCCCCGUGGGGUACACGUGGAUCCCGCUAAUGCAGCACGGCCGCCUCCGGACCGGCACCUUCAGCCUGCCAGUGUCUGUGGAGAAGCCUCCUCCCAGCUACUCCGUCCUCACUCCUGACGUGCAGCUGCCCGGUAUGAAGUGGGUGGACAAUCACAAAGCAGUCUUCAAUGUGGAAGUGAUCGCUGCCUCCUCUGUGCACACACAGGACGCACAGCUGGAUAAGUUCUUCACACUGGUGCACGUGCUGGAGGAGUACUGCUUCCCCUUCCGCCUCAAAGACGUCAUCAUCACGGAGAACAACGUGGAGGCCGAGCUCAAGUCCAGCAUCUCCCAGAUCAGGAACGCCAAUCUGGAGACGGCCGUGCGCUUCGUCCACCAGAUCCUCAACAAACUGAUCCUGCUCAUUGUGCGCCCCCCAGUCAUCGGGGGCCAGAUCGUGAAUCUGGGCCGGGCUGCCUUUGAAGCCAUGGCGCUGCUUGUGAACAAAAUCCACAAGGAUCUGGAAGGGAGCCAGGACCAGCAUGGCCGAAACAGCCUCCUGGCAUCUUACAUCCACUACUGCUUCCACCUGCCCAGCCAGGAGUCGGGUCUGCUGGGCAGCAUGAUGGGCAGCCCCCCGUACGGAGGUCCCAUCCAGUGCGCCACCUUGUCCCGCGCCACGGGCCGACCCAGCAGCCUCAACCUGUCCCGGUCCAGGAGCAUCAGCAACAGCAACCCAGACCUGACCAGCACGCCCACCUCCCCAGAUGAGGAGGUGCAGAAGAUCAUCGGAACCAAGGGGAUUGAUCGAUCUCACUCUUGGGUUAAUUCUGCUUACGCUCCAGGGGGUGCCAGAGCUGUACUGCGCAGAAACCACCCCAACUCCAGCUGUGACCUCAAGCAGGCUGCAGAGUGGACUCCAAACCGCAUGUCUGCCUUUGUCAACACCUCUUACUCCUCAUCCAGCCAGGCACGCCAGACCGCCAGAAAGUUGCUCCAUGAAGAGCUGGCACUGCAGUGGGUUGUCAGCACAAGUUCUGUGAAAGAGGCUUCCUUGCAACAAGCGUGGUUCUUUUUCCAGCUCAUGGUGAAGAGCAUGGCCCAUCACCUGUUCCUGACCGACAAGCUCGACACGCCCCGCAAGACCAGGUUCCCGGACCGCUUCGUGGACGACAUCUCAGCCCUGGUGUGCACUGUCAGCACUGACAUCGCUGGCCGCUUCCACAAGGAUGUGGAGCUGGUUGAGCGUUUGAACACCAGCCUGGCUUUCUUCAUCAACGACCUGCUCUCGCUGAUGGACAGGGGCUUCGUCUUCAACCUCAUCCGCUCUUACUGCAAACAGAUUGGAAACAAACUCCAGACUAGUCAGAACCCCAAUGCUCUGACUGCUCUUCGGAUGGACUUCACCCGAAUAGUGUGCAGUCAUGAGCACUACAUCACUCUGAACCUGCCCUGCAGCACCCUGAGCCCCCCCGCCUCGCCCUCCCCCUCCAUCUCCUCCGCCACCUCGCAGGGCUCGGCUUUCUCCAGCUUGCAGCAGGACCUGCGGAUCGCCAACAUGUUCGAGUUGUCAGUGCCAUUCCGCCAGCAGCACUUCCUGUCCGGUCUCCUCCUCACCGAUCUGGCCCUGAUUCUGGAUCCCGACGGAGAGGGGGUUUUUUUCCUGCACAAGAAAGCGAUCGGCGCCGUGCACAACCUGCUCUGCAGCCACGACUCGGACCCGCGCUACACCGACCGCCAGGUCCGUGCCCACGUGGCUCAGCUCUACCUGCCACUCAUCGGCAUCGUCAUGGAGACCCUGCCCCAGCUCUAUGACUUCACAGAGAGCCAUGCCCCGCGAGUUCGCCACGCCUCGGCGCCGGGGGAUGACGUCGACUCGGACAGCGGCAGCAUGAUCAGUCAGUCUGUCGCCAUGGCGAUCGCGGGCUCCCCUCUGCCUCACUACAAGACCCACCCCUUCCAGCUGCCCGCUGUGCCGCCCCGGCAGUACAGCUCGCUCUCCGCGGAGUCCAGCCGCAAUCUGCUGGUCUGCUUCCUGUGGGUGCUGAAGAACGCGGACGAGGACGAUCUGGAGAAGUGGUUCUCGGAGCUGUCCGUGCUUCACAUCAACCGGCUGCUGGACCUGCUGCACCUCUGUGUGUCCUGCUUCGAGUACAAGGGGAAAAAGACCUUCGAACGAAUCAACAGCCUGACCUUCAAGAAGUCUCAGGACAUGAAAGCCCGUCUGGAGGAAGCCAUCCUGGGGACCAUCGGGGCCCGGCAAGAGAUGGUGCGGCGCUGCCGGGAGAGAAGUCCAUUCGGGGGCCAGGAGAACGUGCGCUGGAGGAAGAACGUCACGCACUGGAGACAGAACACGGACAAAGUGGACAAGACCAAGGCAGAGCUUGAAUACGAGUCUGUUGUGGAUGGGAAUCUGGCUACCGAAGCCACGCUGGUAGUGCUGGACACACUGGAGAUCAUUGUGAAGACAGUGCUGCUGUCUGAGACGAAGGAGAGCAUUCUGGGCGGGGUCCUGAAGGUGCUGCUGCACAGCAUGGCCUGCAACCAGAGCGCCCUCUUCUUGCAGCACUGCUUCGCCACGCAGAGGGCUCUGGUCUUCAAGUUCCCGGAGAUGCUGUUUGAGGAGGACACAGAGCUGUGUGCGGAUCUCUGUCUUCGCCUCCUUGGGCACUGCAGUAGCCGUGUGGGAUCCAUCCGCAGCCACGCCAGCGCCUCCCUCUACCUGCUCAUGAGACAGAACUUCGAGAUCGGAAACAACUUUGCCCGUGUGAAGAUGCAGGUCACCAUGUCCCUCUCCUCCCUGGUGGGCACAAACCAGAACUUCAGCGAAGAGUUCCUGCGCCGCUCUCUCAAGACCAUCCUGACCUACGCGGAGGAGGACCUGGAGAUCAGAGACACCACCUUCCCCGAGCAGGUCCAGGAUCUCGUGUUCAAUCUGCACAUGAUCCUCACUGACACUGUGAAGAUGAAGGAACACCAGGAGGAUCCAGACAUGCUUAUUGAUCUCAUGUACAGGAUAGCGAAGGGCUACCAGAACUCUCCAGACCUGCGGCUGACCUGGCUCCAGAACAUGGCCGGGAAGCACUCGGAGCGCGGGAACCACGCCGAGGCUGCCCAGUGCCUGGUCCACUCCGCCGCCCUGGUGGCAGAGUACUUGAACAUGCUGGAGGACUGCCGCUACCUGCCCGUGGGCUGCGUCACCUUCCAGAGCAUUUCCUCCAACGUGCUGGAAGAGUCGGCGGUGUCAGAUGAUAUCCUGUCCCCCGACGAGGAAGGCAUCUGCGCGGGGAAGUACUUCACCGAGAGCGGGCUGAUCGGCCUGCUGGAGCAGGCAGCGGCUUCCUUCCACAUGGGGACCAUGUACGAGGCAAUCAAUGAAGUCUACAAGAUCCUGAUUCCCAUCCAUGAGGCCAACCGGGAUUUCAAGAAGCUAAGCACCCUCCACGGCAAGCUGCAGGACGCCUUCAACAAAAUCAACAACCAGAGCUCGGGCUGGGAGAGGAUGUUCGGGACGUAUUUCCGAGUCGGGUUCUACGGCUGUAAGUUUGGAGACCUGGACGAACAAGAGUUUGUGUACAAGGAGCCUUCCAUCACCAAACUAGCGGAGAUAUCCCAUCGGCUGGAGGAAUUUUAUGCAGAGCGCUUCGGAGACGAAGUGGUGGAGAUUGUCAAGGACUCGAACCCGGUCGACAAGGCCAAGCUGGAUCCCAAUAAGGCCUACAUCCAGAUCACCUACGUGGAGCCGUUCUUCGACAGCUACGAGCUGAAGGACCGACUCACCUACUUCGACAAGAACUACAACCUGCGCAGCUUCCUGUACUGCACCCCCUUCACACUGGACGGGCGGGCACACGGAGACCUGCAGGAACAGUACAAACGCAAGACCGUCCUCACCACCUCACACGCCUUCCCCUACAUCAAGACCCGCAUCAACGUCACGCACAAGGAGGAGAUCAUCCUGAUCCCCAUCGAGGUGGCGAUUGAGGACAUGCAGAAGAAGACGCAGGAGCUGGCCUUCGCCACACACCAGGAGCCCGCCGAUGCCAAGAUGCUGCAGAUGGUGCUGCAAGGGAGCGUGGGCACCACUGUGAACCAGGGACCGCUGGAAGUGGCUCAGGUUUUCCUGACUGAGAUCCCAGACGACCCCAAACUGUUCCGUCACCACAACAAGCUGAGGCUGUGCUUCAAGGACUUCACCAAGAGGUGCGAGGACGCUUUGAGGAAAAACAAGACCCUGAUUGGGUCCGACCAGAAGGAGUACCACCGCGAGAUGGAGAGGAACUACAAUCGCCUGAAGGAGGCGCUGAACCCUCUGAUCAACCACAAGAUCCCACAGCUUUACAAGCCCCUCAUCGCGCACGCCAGCCACAGGAACUCCUUCAGCAGAUCGAGCCUUCGCAGAGUGGAGGGUUGAGAAAGAAAACACUGGCCGACACUUAUUUAAACUAUGAUUGAAGGACUAAUUUUUUUUUUUUUUGGGGGGGGGGGGGUGUAAUGAAAAGGUAACGGAAGGAAACAUUUUUUUUAAAGAAAUUUCCUUUAUUUUAUUGAAUCGCAGCUGGGAAAGUAUUCAGGGUCUGUGUAAAAGUGCCUAUUUUUGAAGUAGGAAAGAGAGUCCAGUAUUUUUGUAUUGCUUCAGCCACUGCCUGAUCAUUGCAGUCUCCUUGUGUGAGGCACACGUAUUCAGAGCGCCCUGAACACGCAGGUCGUUGUCUCAGAAUGUUGCGGAUGAUUGGAACACAGACUCGUCUUCAUUCUCAUUCUGAAAUCCAAAUGGAGAUUCCAUCCUCCGUCCCUGCCUGUUGAAAUCCCCACAAAGUCCUGAAACAUUUUACUAAUCAGGGUUCCUAGCUUGCUUGCCCGUGCAAAUUAUAUACCAUCCUGCAAUCCAGUCCAAAGCCAGCUAUACCAUAGACAAGAGAGAGUGUGUGUGUGUGUACACACUGCAUAUGUAAUCUGUACUGCAAGGUGAAUUUGUGAAGCUUUCACUUAACACAUUAGUCUGAUAUAUAAAACCAGGUUGAUGAUUAAUGCAGCUGUAUUAUAUAGUGAAAUACCUGCUUGCUUGUUCUUUUUAAACCGUCCAUUUUGCUGAAGAAAAAAUGUUUUAGUUCUGAUUUACCUUGCUUGCUUCAGGGGACCGUCCGUUUCCAGACCUGCGUGGCCCACAGCACUACCCUGGUCUCAUAAAAGCGCAGUAACUGUGUACAGGCACGGCACACGCUAUGGUUUGAGCCAGGUUCUGGACAGAGAGGUGUUUCUCCGUAAGAUCACGACGCUGCACGGAUUCAGCCACGCGUUGCGUGCAAACCAGAUAUUAACUGGAAAAACAUUUCUAAAACUGUUUGGGGAAAAAAAAAUGAACAGGGCAAAACUUGAGUCUAACUAACUUGACUUGGCUUGAUUGUGAAGUGCUGGGCACGGAGGUGCAUUCACACUCCAGGCUGCAUUGUAGGAAUAACGAAACGGUAAACUGGGAAAGAGAAUCAGAGUGACUUUCUCCUACAGCGUCAGUUGAUAGCGUCCGGCGUUCGCUGGAACGCGAUGAUGUACCGCCUUUACUGCUCUAGAGAACGAAGGAGUCUGACGCAAAUUAAUACAUGGAGACCCCCAACUGUGUGUGUUCUCACAUCACACUGUGCGCUGUGAAGAAGAGUCACUUUUACUGGUAGUUUUAGUUUUGUUUUUAAGAAACUGAUACCUGAAGUUAUGUCACAAGGGGGGCCAGAUUACUCACAACAUUUCCAUUUAUGUUGUAGAGAUUUAGUUUUUUAGAUUUUAUUUUUUGUUUCUGUCCAGGACACUAAUUUACGUUAUCCUUUUAACAAAGAACGACCCGGAGACGCAUUCCACUGCUCCCGCGGGGGACUGCGUGAUAUCAGGGGACCAGCUGAAUUUGGGAAGAACAGCAGGCAUCUUGUAUUGCACAACAAAGCCCUGUGCUUUGAUUUGCAGGUGCAUGAUGAUGUAUAUAUGCGGGGCCCGGAGAGAUUUCUGUUGCACGGUUUUGUUGUGACACAAGACGUGUCUUUUUUAUUACCUGGAGUCAGUUGCACUGUGAAUGGGAGACAGCGAAAACAAUAUUAUUAAACUCCUGACACGACCCCACUGAAGUAACUCCCAGUGUCUUCAUUAUCCUUCGCUUGCUUGUGGUUUAAAACACAUAUAAUACUGUACCCGUGUGCAUUACCACUUUUGACUGCUGAAAAAUUACAUUCAUUUAAAUUUUAUUUAUUUUUGAAUGUUUUUAUUUUGAUCUGUUUUUUCUGCAGUUCCUGCUUUGUAAUAAAAACGACCUUGUUUUAA